AUGUCAUUAAGAAGUGUUGUCGAAAUUGUAACUCAUGUGGAGAGUUUUAGAAAUGUUGAUCUCUAUUACUAAGGUGUUUAUUUUCUGAGAAUCACCAUUCAUAAUGAUGCUCCAUAAGAUGUAGACACAAUUAAUACAUUUUUAGGCUAACAAAAUCUAUGCCCAUCCACAUGACCCUUGUGAAUCCUAUAAGACCUAUCCACAAGAGGCUUAGCAGAAUGUCAAUCCUCCGAAAUACUACGAAACUCACAUUUUUAGACCAGCCUCCAUAGUUACAUCCAAUUCAGCAUUUUACACUAAAGCAUUUUUCAUCAAGUUUUGCGAAGAGGAAAUUGAACUCAAUGAUAUUUGCAAUUUCAGAAUUGAAUUCGACGCAGGUCCUAAAAAGGAACAAUCAUUAAUCAUGUAAGUUGAUUUAAUGUUCUUUGAUUGUUUGAAUUCUUAAAAGGAUCAACCAAAGCAAGAACCACUCUACACUAAAUAAGAUAAAGAAGAUUACGCCAUUCCGGAUGGUAAAAUUCAAGCCACUGCCAAAUUUAAGAUAAAAAAUGUAUUACUACCUAAUCAUUAAUUUGUACCAAUCAUUUUUGAAGAACAAAACUUUUGUUAAGCCAACAUGGUUGUACAUACUAUUACUUUGGAUUAUCGUUUUCGAACUCAUCCCAUUUAGUUAUUUUAAUUUGCAAGACUCAAGUUUGAAGAACGCAAUCAAUUGCUCGAAGGCAAAGUUCCAAACACUCUUGAUAAAAACAAAAAUCAAUCCAAACCCUUAAUAAAUUCAGAUCAAAUCUCAAUGUAUGAAACCAUAUAAAAACAAUACAAAGAGAUGAAGGGACUAGAUUAUUACAGUAUGCAAUAAGAAUUUGUUGAAAGCUUAAAAGGCUAUUAUGAAUAACUUUACUAACACUAUAAUUUGAUAUAUUCUAAAUGCAUUUUAGAGAAACAACGAAAACACUUCAAAAAGUAUCUAUACCCCCCUCUUAAAUUAAUUGUUCCUGAAUACAUCACAAGUGAAACCUAUUAAAAUAUCAAGGGGUAACUAACCAGAAAGGAAUUAAAUUAAAGAAUAGAGGAGAAAUUCCAUACUGCAGAUCCUGAGACUAUCAUACAUUCAAUUCUAAAUGAAACCAAUUUGAUCAGCUGUCAACUAUUCUAAAUGUGGAUCAAAGUACUUGAUUUAUAUCGAAUCAGUCCAAGAUUCUGUGUUGCAUUAUUGCAAUUUGAUUACUAAAAAAUAAUUAAGAAUAGAUGGCAACAAUUUUGUAUUAAACAACCACACCAAUAGUUAUUGGACAAGAAUUUGGGAAUUGAACAUAAAGCCAAAAGUGACAAAUUAAGGUAAGAAAGCAAAGUUCAAGAAUUAGGAGUUGAAGACUUGAAUUCCUUUCCUAAAUUGGAAACAUAACCAAUCAUCUUUGAAGAGUUUACUCCUAGAGAAGAUAAAGAUAAAAAUGAAGAAAACAUUGUAGAUGCAGACAUAACCAAUAGCGAAUAUGAUAUAAUGUCAUAUAGAGGCAUUCAUUUAAUUGUGCUUGUUCAUGGAUUCCAAGGAAAUUCAUAUGAUAUGAAAUUAUUUAAGAACUAUAUCUCAUUAGCACAUCCUGAAGCCAUGUUUUUGUGUUCAUCAAUAAAUGAGGAGAAUACUGAGGGCAACAUCCAAGAGAUGGGAGAGAAGUUAGCCACUGAAGUGAUUAAUUUCAUAUCUGAAAAUUGUCCAGAAAAUACUUUAGGCAGAUUGAGCUUUAUCGGACAUUCUUUAGGUGGAGUCAUAAUCAGAGCUUCAAUGCCUUAUCUUGAUAAAUAUCAAGACAAAAUGUACACUUAUAUUAGUCUUUCAUCUCCACAAUUAGGUUACUAUUACAAUGCUAGCAAAAUUGUUGAUGCUGGUAUGUGGGUAUUGAAACAAUGGAGAAAAAGCAAAUGCUUAGAAUAGUUACAAAUGACUGAUAAUCGUAAUAUUGAAGAAACAUGUCUCUAAAAACUGGCGUAGGCUAAAGGUUUGGCUUGGUUUAAGAAUGUGUGCUUUUUCAGUUGCAUCUAAGAUAGUUAUGCUCCUUAUGAUUCUGCCAGAGUCCAACUCUCAAAAGAAGCACUUGAAGAUCAGUAUUUAUUUAUAUAUAUAAUCAAUUUAAGGAGAAAUAAACCAUAUGUGUAGAUGGUCAAAGCAUUGUUGAGACAUCUUGAGAACACAAAUGUUUAUCGUAUUGAUGUUAAUUUUGAGAUUUAAGAAAAGUAACUUUAUUUGAAUAAUAUAGAAAUCUUGAUACAUUGAUCGGCAGAACUGCUCAUAUUUAAUUCUUAGAAUGUUAACCCUUGUUAAGAAUGAUUGUUAGUCUUUAUGAUUAAUUCUUCUGUUGAAC